AUGAGGAGAAAAGAUUUCACAAGUGAGGAGAGAGCUGGACUCAUUCAAUUCUUGAUCAUUGACAGCAAGAAUGGCAAGCCACCACGAGGCAAAAUGAAGGCUGCCGAGCUCAAGUUCGGCGUAUCUCGGCGAACCGUUUGUCGUCUUUGGGCUGAGGCAAAGCAAAAACAGCAACAAGGUCAGUUCAUAAGUUCACAAAGCAGGAGGAGAAAAAAAGUUGAAAUUGAUCUAGAGCUAAUUGCAAGCCUUGAGUUAUCUAAAAGAUCAACCAUAAGAAGAUUAGCUAGUGGCAUCAACUGCAGCAAGAGUACCGUAGGGAGGUGGAUAGAUCAGGGGCUGAUCAAGGCUCAUACCAAUGCUAUAAAACCUGAACUUACAACCCCAAAUAAGCUGUCAAGAAUGCGGUUUUUCUUAGAGCAUAUUGAGUAUGACAGGCUGCUGGAGAAAUUGCAUUUCAAGUGUAUGCAAAACACUAUCCAUAUCGAUGAGAAGUGGUUCUACAUCAUCAAAUCUUCUCACAGAUUCUAUUUAACUCCAGCAGAGGCUGAGCCACAUAGAACUUGCAAGAGUAAAAAGUUUAUCACAAAGGUAAUGUUCUUAUCCGCUGUGCGCCGACAAAUUUUUGGUGAAGAUGGGAGUGUUCUAUUUGAUGGGAAGAUAGGUAUAUUCCCUUUAACAGAAAUGGUACCAGCACAGAGGUCAAGCAAGAAUAGGGAAGCAGGGACACUUGAGCAAAAGCCAAUCCAAAGCAUAACAAAACAAGUACUCAAAGACUGCUUCAUCAAGAAGGUAUGGCUAUGGCAGGAAUUGUGCAUGUAUUGUAAGUCUACAAUGAUAGGUGUUGAACUAAUAGAUUUUCUAGUGUAG